UGAUCAUCAGACCAUCUCAACAUGCGGCCAGAAUGACGCGAAAGAUGAUGGCUAUACCCGAGUUUCCAGAUUGGCAAAAGAAGGUAAGCAAGUCAAGCUCCAUCAUCUGGUUGACCUGAAUCGCCAUGGAGUCUUCUGUAAUCGGUUUUGAGGGCAUUUCCCUAACGUAGCUCCGCCGCUCCAUCCAAGGUGAUUCUCUGCUUUUCAGCUUUCAGCUUCUUCUUUGCUCUAAAUCAUGGCAGAUGGACUGGUUUCUUUGGUCGUGGAGAGUUUGGGUUCCAUGGCCUUUCAAGAGCUGAGGUCGUUAGUGGGUGUUGAGGAAGAUCUUAAAAAGCUCUCUCGUAACUUCGAUUAUCUUCAAGCAGUGCUCACCGACGCAGAGAAGCGGCAAGUGAAGGAUGAAUCGGUAAAAAGAUGGUUAGGAGAUCUCAAAGAUGUGGCAUAUGACAUUGACGACGUUUUAGAGGAGUGGAAGGUGGUGAACGACGGUUGCGAUGACGGCACCAGCUCCCAAGGUAAGAAAGUAUCUUUUCCCUGUUUUUCCAGACCCCGCUUUCAUGUUGAGACCAGUAAUCGGAUAAAAGCGAUUAGUGCAAGAUUAGACGAGAUCAAAGAACGCAAGAAUAGUUUCUCUUUCAGUGAAGUCAGGGAAGAAGGUGGAGUGGUCAAGUUGGAUAUGAGGGAAACGAGUUCAUUCAUAGAUGAAAAUGAGAUUUUUGGUAGGGAUCGAGUUAAGGAGUGGAUUGUCAGCCAGUUGGUAGAGGGCAGCAGUGAUGAGGUGGGCCUCGCAGUCAUUUCUAUCAUUGGUAUGGCAGGAAUUGGAAAAACCGCUGUCGCUCAAUUAGUCUUCAAUGAUGUUAGGGUUAAGAGGCACUUCGAUAAAAUGAUUUGGGUGAGUUUUCCUGGAGAUUUCAAUGUGAUGAGGAUCUAUUUUGAAAUCAUUAAUACAGGGAGACGGAAGCGGCCACGUUCGUCAUCCUUGGAAUAUUUGACAUCAAAUGUCUCUAGUAUGCUAUAUGGUAAGCGGUUUCUGCUCGUGCUGGAUGGCGUACGCAACAGUGAUGAUGCCCAGUGGAGAAGCCUUAUGAUUCUGUUCCGUAGAGCCAAGAAAGAAAGUAGAAUUUUAGUUACCACUCGUAACGAGAAUGUCACGAAAUUCUUCUCCUCAGCCCUGAUGUACGAACUGCAACCGUUGUCUGAGAAUGAUUGUUGGUCGUUGUUCAGCCACAGAGCUUUCUCUGGAGGAAGAAGUGGGGAUGAGCAUGUCAAAUUAGAGGCAUUGGGUAGAGAAAUUGUGAACAAGUGUCAAGGAAUUCCUCUCCUGUUGGACGCAAUAGGAAGUGCCUUGCGCAGAAAAAGGGAUGUACAGGACUGGCAGUCUGUCUUAGAUGAAGCGACGGGGGAUUCAUUGGGUACUGACAAAAUUGCAUCCGUUGUUUUAGAGAGCUUCCAUGAUUUGCCAAAGCAUUUGAAGCAAUGCUUUGCUUUCUGUUCCAUAUUUCCAAAGGAUCAUUUGAUAGAGAAAGACAAGCUAAUCAAGUUGUGGAUGGCCCAAGGUUUCAUUCCCCAAACAGGAAGAGGAGACAUGGAGAGGCUAGGUUGUUCGUAUUUCGAUGAUUUAGUGAGGCGUUCCUUGUUUCAAUACCUAGAGACAGAUGAAGAAGGUGAUCCAAAGUAUUGCAUGAUACAUGACAUGAUCCAUGACCUCUGCCAAUCUAUUAUGACUGAGUGUUUAAUCAUAAAAGACGAAAUGCCGAAGAGUCAGCUUGCAAAGGCUCGCCAUGCCUCAUGGAUUUGCAAUCAGGAUGUAGAAUCCAUUCCUUCCUUCAUAUACGAAGCCGAAAAUUUGCGUACACUCAUACCCAUUGGAUGGCCUAAAAUUCCCAGUUUUUAUCAUUUUAACAGCUUAAAAUGUCUGAGAGCAUUGGAUUUGAGUGGCAGCACAAUAGAAGAGCUCCCGAAUUCUUUGUGGAACUUGAAGCUUUUGCGAUACCUCGACUUGUCUGCCACCUAUAUACGAAAGUUGCCGGAAUUUGUAAGCGGCCUAUGUCUUUUGCAGACCUUAAAGCUUAAUCAUUGCUGUAAGCUUGCAACACUCCCUGGAGGGAUUGUGAAACUGAUCAACUUAAGACAUCUUGAAACUGAAGGAACCUUUUUGGUGUGCUUACCAGAAGGCAUGGGGAGGUUAACAUCCCUUCAAACAUUAAUUAGGUUCAUAACAGGGUAUGAGAGAGGAUGGAAGAUUACAGAAUUGAAAGACCUUAACCUUCUUCAGGGGAAGCUAGAAAUAACAUGCUUAAACAGAGUAGCAAGUAGAGAUGAAGCUAACGAGGCAAAAUUGGAGAAGAAGCAGAACAUCCAGACCUUGAAAUUGUCAUCUGAGGUAGGGAUAUGUCAUGAAACACAUACAGAAAAGGAGGUGGAGCAGGUGGAGGGUGUGUUUGAAGCCCUUCGACCCCAUACAAACCUAAGAGAUCUUACCAUGUCAGAAUACAUUGGUCGCCAAUUCCCAAGUUGGAUGGAAGAUUAUUCAUUGUAUUUCAAUCUUACCAAGAUGCAGUUAUCAUAUUGCAAAUGCAGACAGAUGCCAGCGCUUGGGAAACUGCCGUCCCUUAAAUGGCUUAAGAUAGAGGCCAUGCUUGAAGUUAAACAGGUGGGCAGCGAGUUUUUUGGGAACAGCCAUGAUGGGGUCACUGGAACAUUCCCCAAAUUAGAGAUUCUUAUCUUCCAAAGUAUGAUUAUUUGGGAGGAGUGGGAGUUGAAUGUGGGAGCUGGAUCAUUCCCGUCUCUCUUUCAACUAUGCAUAUUGGAAUGCAUGAAGUUAAAGGCACUGCCAGAACUGCAACACCUCAUUUCGCUUCAGGAACUCAAAAUCGAAUGUUGUCCAAUCCUAAGCCGUCGAUGCCAGAAGGAGGUGGGAGAAGAUUGGAACAAGAUAGCCCACAUCCCCGACAUCACCAUUGAUUGGAGGAAAAUCCAACGAGAGGAAAUCUUUGGAAGUGCAAGAUUGCAAGGCAGAUGAAUCUCAGGACGUUCUUUCCUUUCUUCUAUACGGAUGUUGUAGAUCAACCAAUCAAGGGUCGCUCCAGGGUUCCUUCACUGUUCGAGUUGUCCAUUCCCUUUCUUGGUAGAACCAACUACAUUAUACCCACCAGG